UUGAAUUUUAGGUCAACUGAUUAUGGCACCACAUAUGAAAAACUUAAUGAAAAAGUCGGGACCAAAACCAUACUGAGCUACUUGUACGUGAGUCCAAACAACAAAAGAAAGAUAAUGUUGCUGACUGACCCUGAGGUGGAGAGCAGCCUGCUCAUUAGUCUUGACGAGGGGGCGUCCUACCAGAAGCACAGCUUAGCCUUUGAUAUCCUCAGUCUGCUUUUUCACCCCGAGCAGGAGGACUGGAUCCUGGCUUACAGCCACGACCAAAAGGUAAUGUGUAGGUCCAGACUGGGUUUGGACAAAGAGCAAGGAUUGAUUCACCUGGAGAUCAGCAUCUCGGAUGGACGGUCGCAGUACAUAACUUGCAAGCUUCAGAAUUGCUCUGAUGGAAACAAAAGCAAGCCGUUUCCUGGUUUUAUCAUCCCUAAUUCCCUUGUGGUUCAGGAUGAAUACGUUUUCAUCCAGGUGCCCGUAGGUGGUCAGUCUGUCCAUUAUGUUUCCUAUAAAAGAAAUGCUUUCUACCCAGUGAGGCUUCCCAAAUACACCAUCCCUAAGGACUUGCAGAUAAUCAGCACCGAUGAUAGCCAGGUGGUCGCAGCGAUCCAGGACUGGCACCAGAAUGAUUCCUACAACCUGUACAUGUCGGAGUCCAGAGGGCUGUUCCUUACGCUGAUUCUGGAGGACGUUGUGAGCAGUGGAGGUCCGGAGGACAAUAUCAUGAUAGACCUUUAUGAGGUUGCUGGGAUUAAAGGGGUGUUCCUGUCAAAUAAAGUUGUUGAGAACCAAGUGAAAACUUAUAUCACCUACAACAAGGGGAGAGACUGGCGUCUUCUUCAGGCUCCUGCAACCGAUCUCCAGGGAAACCAGGUCUAUUGUGAACAACCACACUGUUCGUUACAUCUACACCUUCAUGUUUCGGAGAACCCGUACGCCUCAGGAAACAUUGUCAGCAAAGACUCAGCUCCAGGAAUCAUCAUAGCAUCAGGUGUUGUUGGACCUGAGCUGACCAACACCAAUGUCAGCAUCUUCAUCACAUCUGAUGCCGGGAACACUUGGAGAGAGAUUUUUCAGGAGGAGUACAGUGUGUUUUUUCUGAAUCAAGGAGGAUCUCUAGUGGCCAUCCGACACACACCUCUUCCAAUUAGGCACAUUUGGCUGAGUUUUGAUGAGGGCAGAAACUGGGACAAAUAUAGCUUCACCUCCUCUCCGCUCUAUGUCGACGGGGUGCUUGGGGAGCCUGGAGAGGGCAUCCUUAUCAUGACGGUAUUCGGCCAUUUCAGUCAUCGAUCUGAGUGGCAACUUGUCAAGAUUGACUUCCGCUCCAUUUUCCAACAAUGGUGCACGGCUGAAGACUACCUGACAUGGCAGUUACACAAUGAGGGGGAAGUGUGCAUCAUGGGAAUGAAGAGAAUCUUCCAAAAACUGCGAGCAAAUGUUCGAUGUGUCAAGGCCAGGGAUCAGUAUAUCUCCCAGAUGUCAGACUCCUGCACAUGCACCGAGGCAGAUUUUGUGUGUGACUAUGGGUUUGAGAGGCAGAAGGAUGGAAGCUGCACUCGAGCUUUCUGGUUUGUUCCUUCAGCAACAUCUCGAGACUGUGUUACAGGGGACAGCUUCUUUAACACAACUGGAUAUCGCAAGGCUUUGUCUAACAACUGCACUGAGGGGAGUCUGUUAAAGUAUAGCCCCAAGCAACAGAAGUGCCCCAGUCAGGCUCCCAGGGGUCUCCAGCUCUUCACCAGUGAGGGAACACUGGUGACAACACUGGGAAAGAAUGUAACCUUCUUGGUCUUUCUGGAAGAGGGUCUUGGCUCCAUGACAAGUAUAACAGUGGACUUUGGCGAUGGAACGACUAUAUCAUAUGUUAACAUAAGCUCCAUCGAUGACGGGGUCAAGCAUAUCUACAGUAAAGUUGGCAUCUACCAGGUUUCAGCAACUGCAAGCAACAGUAUGGGCUUUGAUAGAGCCACACUGUAUCUGCAUGUCUCAUGUCAGCUUGAGCAGGUGCGGCUCUCAGCGCCUUUGGUGGUCCUCAAGAACAAAGUGGUAAAUUUCACAACACAGCUUCAGCCCAGUGAUGUGGGAACAGUGACUUAUUUCUGGUGGUUUGAGAACAAGACAGAGCCUUUUGUCACCCUGGAUGGAGUGAUCUCCUUCACUUUCCAUAAGGAGGGAAGUCAUAGUGUAACUGUUCAGGCCUCAGCUGGUAAUACUGUUCAUCAGGACCAAAUAAGGGUGGCAGUUUACGAUUAUUUCCAGUCCCAUGCAUUGGCCUUUUCCUCUAAUCUGGACGAGCUGAAUCCUGGCGUGUCUGAGUGGAGAGAGGACAUCAGCAGAGUUGUGAAGAGCUGCAUGGUUCAGGUCACAGGAAUCAGUGAGGAUCAACUCCUCAUCACAGUGCACCCCGGUUUACCAACCACAGCAGAUGUUUUUCUUGUUCCUGAGAGGAGGUCAAGAGAUGGGGCCAUGGAUGAAAAGUGGGUGCAUGUGGAUCAGCUUUCCCAGGUUCUUCUAAGUGCUCUGAACCAGGACCUCAUCCAGUUCACACUCAAACCAGGGGUGCAGGUGAAUGUGUAUGCAACACGGCAGUCUCCAGCUCCUCUUGUGGACAACAGUGACAGCGUGUACAGCAGUACUGCGGUCAUCAUGCUCGUGUUCGUGGUACUGAUGGGUUUCGCCGCUUUUGCUAUAUACAAAUUCAAGAGGAAGGUCCCAGGCAUGAACACAUACACAGCAGAGCAGCCUGAUAAAGAACAAGAAGUCAUCCCAAGAGUGACCUCUAUAGCCGUCCCGAACCCAGAGGAAAAGCUGACCUCGCCGGAUCAUGUGGAUGUACAGCUGGACUCUAAAAGCAGAGGUAUGUAG